AUGGAUACAGCAGCAACCCCCCGCCCGCAGUCUGCCCUCCAGUCUGCCACGCCUCGACGGAGAGGUCCCCUCGCUUCACUCCGUAUUGAGCCUCCUGCGCACCGUUCCGAUAUAGCGGUCGUCCAGAACGAGAGCUCUGCUUCUGUCUCCACACUUUCAUCUGCCACUUCCGAUACGGAUUCCUUCGUCUUUCCGACCCCCAGCAAGCCCCGGUCCUCCCGAAACAUGAAAAGGCUAUCGCUCGCCCUCCCUUCGGCCCAAUCCUCCGCCGCCAACUCGCCACUGCUCCCGUCCGAUUUGCCAGAUGCGGAGCCAAAGCGGAGGCUAUCCAUCGUUUCCUUGCCUCCCACUACCGGGUCCGGUCUUCUCCGCAGGAGGGGAGAAGAGGACGAGCAUUCCGAUCCCAGUCCGUACCAGAAUGGACCCGUGCAGGUUCUUCCAGGUAUCUGGCUCGGUUCUGAGGAUAACGUCCGCGAUUGGACGGGGCAUAUGAAGCGCGGUAUCAGGUCCAUCCUGAACGUAGCCAAGGAAGUCUCGACGGUCUUUGACCUCAACCAGCCGUUGCGCCAAUUCGCAUCAACGCCCGACUUGAAGGCUGCAGCAAGUAGAACAGACUCGACAUACUACCCUGCCCAUAUCCCCAGCGGAAGGCCUGCGAUGCAUUAUCUCAAGCUGCCUUGGUCGCAUGGGCAGGUGGACCUCGUCCAUGAGGGCUUCCCCGCAGCCAUGGCGUUUGUAGACAAGGCAUUGGAACGCGGAGACGGCGUGUUGAUCCAUUGCCAAUGCGGAAUCUCACGCUCGGCAACGUUAGUAAUAGCGUUGGUGAUGCGUGCAGCCGCCCAGCGGUCUCCCAACGUGCCUUCAGAAGUGUGGGCUCUCAAGGGAAUGCAGGGUGCUUAUACCUUCGUUAAAGAGAAAAGUCGCGCCGUAGGGCCUAAUAUGUCACUUAUUUAUCAGCUGUUAGAUUAUGAGCGGACGUUCAAGACGGGGAACUCCUCGCCGGGAUCGUCGGACCAGUCUCCCUCUGAAGAAGAGUGGGGCAAGCAGCGGAUGCUGCUGGACGAGGAGAACGAUGAUCGCGAGAGCAUCGAAGUCAUGCGGGAAGCAAAGGCCUUGGAUCGGGCGAUGGAAGAUCGCUUGGUCGCACGCAAAUCAUCGACAUCAUCGCUGAGCUCCACUGGCACGGGCCCCAGCGGGUCAAGAAGGCUGCGCAUCAGCAGCGGUUCAAGAAAACGUGCUGGAUCGAUCGCUAGCAUCAUGACUGGCAGUAGCCUACUGAGCGAAGAUCUGGUUGAAGAGGACGAGGAGGAGGAGUUGCUGGGCGUUGGAGGCGGAUUUGAUGAGGGAAGCACAGAGGCAAGUUGUUCCAGCGCAGAGCCCACUGAGGACGAGUCCAGUGGCUCAUCUCGAGUCUCGCUUGACUCAAAGUCCCGUGGUCAGAUCUCGCCUACGCCGCCGACAGCACGACAGCAACUCCUUAUCAGAAUGCCUCCGUCGGCUCCUCAUCACAAGCUCAGCUUCAAUCUCUCCCCACCCGCCACAGCGAUCAAGAUGUCGUUCGAGAUUCCUCCUCUGCCACAGCCAAAGACGAAGUCGAGGCGACGUCCCCCUCCGAUUGGUAUUCUUCCUCCCGUGCCGUCGUCCCCUGUGAUACCGAUAAACCCUGCCGUCAUGGCGCCCCGUCCUCGCGUGGAUGCUCGCAAGGCGGAACAGCCUCCUGCCAACCUUCGCAUUCCACAGAGCAGGACCCGCAAUCUCCCAACACCGAGACCCAUGUCCAUGGUCUCAACACCCUCGCAAACGUUGUUUGUGUUUCCCCCGUCGCCGACACUUACCACGCGGACGCCGUCAACCAUGACGCUUACGUCCAACACGUCAUACCCAUUCCCGUCCAUGGCAACACCACGGGUUUCAUCUUUCAAAGCCGAUGGCCGCCGUCGGUCGUUCAUUGGCGUUCCACCACCGUCAACACCCACGGUCGCGUCCUCCCGGGUCGACGUGCGUGGAUGGUUUGGCGUGAGUUCACGGAAGUAG